UGCGAAAAUGACCGCGGCAUUAAAAAUGCGGCGCCUGCUCCUUUACACAGUCCAAGCGGAACAGAUAAUGUAGAAAUUAAUAAAUAUAUUGAAAUUCAAUCUACAAUCCUGGAUUACUCUUCUGAAGAAGACGAAAAAGCAACCAAGCCCUUUUGUUCCACUCUCACGACUAAAAAGAAAUGUGGACCCCUUCGCGAACGAUCACGAUCUUCCGCGAGCGUUGUGACUGCAGAAUAUUUCAGAAAAACUCGAUUACCACCAACAGCCGAGAAGAAGUUCAGAGAAAAGUUCGCUGUACGUGCAGCGAGGGAUGAAAAAUUGGCAAGACAUAAGGCGAGAGAGUUCGAGACAUCUUUUCCUGCUCCCACGGAGGAGAAAAGACGUGGACCUCUUCCAGCCGAAUCACAACCUUGGUUCGGCGCUUUGACUGAGCAGCAAAAAGAGUACUAUCGUGCCUGGGAGCGUAAACGGCGUUCUUGGGAGCACCCUGGGCGAGACAAAGUUUCUGAGCGCGCAGCAGAGCAAAAACAACGAGCACGAGACAAAGAAGAACGGGUUAAGAGGUCAGAUCUCCAGGGAUUCACUGCUGACGACAAAAUGAACGAGCAGGCGAUGAAAGAUUAA